GUUUCCACUGAAAUUACUAAGUAACCCUUCCGUCCUUUUUUUCGCCUGCACAUUUUUCUUUAUUCUUCGUUUUCUUCGUCCUCCCCAAAUCACACAGAAAACACCAUCUCCUUUCUAGUUCGCCCCCAAAUCAAACCUUGCAGAAAACUUGACUCCAUAAUGAAACCUUGUCUUCAAGAUUUUAACUGAAUCUUUAAACCUAAACCCACUUCAAUUUUUCCCCGAAUCAAAUCAGUUCUUCAGGAUUUCAAUUGUAUCCUUAUACCCAACCCCAAUUGCGGUUACACUUCAACCUAACUUUACAUCAAAUUCAAUUUGAUAUGAAGAUUUCUUCCAUUAUUCUGCUACCUUGACCACAUCCUAAUUGGUUUCCUCAUACAAUUGACUACAUAGACGUUGAUCGAAGAUUACAUAGAUGCCAAAGAAGUUACAUUCGGACACACAUUCAUCUUUCUUUGCUCAGUUGACACACAUGUUCUUUGUAACAGUGAGUGCAUGAGGUGAUUCAUCAAGUGCAAGCCAUUGUUCAAUAGUAAAAAGCUUCUGAGCUAAAGAAGCAUACCAACCACUUGAACGUAGUCAACAUAUCAACCACUUUUUGCCUGGGGACUAUAGGAGCAAUAGAUCAGCUCUCUUUGACGGAAUAGAAGAGGGAGGAAUCAGGGCUGCUCCAUCAUACUCCCAUGAAGUUGAUGAGCAGGAAAAUGAUAGAGCUAUGGAUGGACUUCAAGAUAGAGUCCUCUUGUUGAAGUGAGAAAAGAAAAGCAAAUUGGUUGCAUCUGUCUUCGGGGAUCACAAAUUUUCUUUUAGACUCCCAUUGCAGUGGUGUUUCGUUUUUCCUCGGUCGGCCCUUCCACCGUGGCAGCGGUUUUCUAGUAUCUCCGUCACUUCCACUUCCUCUUUCAAAUAUGAAAUCGGCAUAAUCAAUUUCACUCAAACAAAAUUCAAUCCGAAAUUUCCAAAAUCAAAACGAUGAUGAUGAUGAUCAACAUCAUGGGAGGAGAUUGGCAAGAGAUUACCCAAUCAAUCAUAAUCGGUUUAAUCUUCUCAUUCCUCGUCGCCAAAUUAAUUUCAAUGGUAAUCUCAAUCAAAGAUGCAAAUCUCAAAGUAACUCGCGAACAAGAAGAAGAAGAUGACGAUGAUAAUACAAAACCUAAUCAGGAAUCAACAUCAUUACCAGAAGUUAAAGAAGAAGAAGAGAUUGUUGAAUCUGAUGAGAAGAAGAAAUCUGCUGCUACUACUAGGGUUGUAAGUGAGAGUGAUGAAGAUGGUGAUGAUGAUUGGGAAGGAGUUGAAAGUACUGAAUUAGAUGAGAUAUUUAGUGCUGCUACUGCAUUUGUAGCAACAGCUGCUGCUGAUAGGUUGUCACAGAAAGUAUCAAAUGAUGUUCAGUUGCAAUUGUAUGGUUUGUAUAAGAUUGCUACUGAAGGUCCUUGUACAUCUUCUCAGCCUUCUGCUAUCAAAUUGACUGCUAGAGCUAAAUGGAAUGCUUGGCAGAAACUUGGCGCAAUGCCACCGGAAGAUGCAAUGGAGAAGUACAUUACGAUUGUUAGCGAGAUUUAUCCUGCUUGGAUAUCUGGUUCUUCUGUGAAGAAGCAUGGUGGGGAUAACGAUGGAAAUGAUUCGAAGGGCCCUAUGGGACCUGUUUUCAGUUCGUUUGCAUAUGAGGAAGAGUCCGAAAAUGAACUUAAGAUGGAAGCUAUACAUACAUCUGCAAGAGAAGGAGAGCUGGAUAAUCUGGUGAAACACAUAGAGAGUGGUAUUUCGGUGAAUCUUAAGGAUAGCGAGGGACGCUCUCCAUUGCACUGGGCCGUAGACCGAGGCCACCUUGACAUGGUAGAGUUGCUUCUCAGCAAGAAUGCUGACGUGAAUGCUCAGGACAAUGAAGGACAAACUCCACUGCAUUAUGCAGCCAUGUGUGAUAGAGAAGCCAUUGCAGAAGUUUUAGUAAAGCAAAACGCUGAUACUGAUGUGAAAGACAAUGAUGGCAGCUCUGCAUCCGAUCUUUGCGAAUCAAACUGGUCUUGGCUGCGUAAAUAGAUGAUAUUAACCUUUCAUUUCUCAUCCUAAGAUUUUGUGGGUCUAGUAGAGUUUAUAAUGUACAUCCAAAUUUUGAACCUGAACCAUAUUUUCCUUCGUCUUCCUCAGUAGCACAUGCUUAUGGGUGCUUUAAAAUCGACUCAUUAUUGUAUUUAGUUGGUUUAUAAAAGGAAAGAGGGUUUUUGUAAA